GACCACUUUCAUGAUGACCCCAUGGAUGGUGAUGUUCCCAGAACUGGACAUCAGGAAAUCUAGGUGGCCUAUUGUUUAGUGAAAAGAGCCCACGCCUUGGGGACUCACACCGCAGGUCUACGACCCUCAGGCUCUUCAUCUGCAAUGGCGGUAAUGAUGCGCACGUCAUAAGAUUCUUCAAGGUGGACGUGUCACGUGGCUCGUCAGGAAUCCGGAAGUCUGGCCCGUUCGCCCAAUCACGCCCGGGAGCCUAUCUAGCGGCGCCAGGCUGGCCAAUCCUGGGGACGCUUGCUCUUCGCCAAACCGGGUCCCGCCUCCGCGCGCCGCGCUGACGGGUCGUUAGCGGAUACGGCGCCCGCAGGGGCGGAGUCAGGGGCCUUUGCCCGCCUUGGCGGUCGGCUCUACGUUUCCGGUUCUCGCCUCCUGCUCCGCCAUGGCUCCCAAAGGCAGCUCCAAACAGCAGUCUGAGGAGGACCUGCUCCUGCAGGAUUUCAGCCGCAAUCUCUCGGCGAAGUCGUCUGCGCUCUUCUUCGGGAACGCGUUCAUCGUGUCUGCCAUCCCCAUCUGGUUAUACUGGCGAAUAUGGCAUAUGGAUCUUAUCCAGUCUGCUGUUUUGUAUAGUGUGAUGACCCUAGUAAGCACAUAUUUGGUAGCCUUUGCAUACAAGAAUGUGAAAUUUGUUCUCAAGCACAAAGUAGCACAGAAGAGGGAGGAUGCUGUUUCCAAAGAAGUGACUCGAAAACUUUCUGAAGCUGAUAAUAGAAAGAUGUCUCGGAAGGAGAAAGAUGAAAGAAUCUUAUGGAAGAAGAAUGAAGUUGCUGAUUAUGAAGCUACAACAUUUUCCAUCUUCUAUAACAACACUCUGUUCCUGGUCGUGGUCAUUGUUGCUUCCUUCUUCAUAUUGAAGAACUUCAACCCCACAGUGAACUACAUUUUGUCCAUAAGUGCUUCAUCAGGACUCAUCGCCCUCCUGUCUACUGGCUCCAAAUAGACCAUGUCAGCCUCACCCCCUGGCUUUGUGUCUAUGGGUGGCCUAUGAUAUAUGGAAAAGUAGCAGGGUGGUCAGGGUGGGAGACACAAGAUGUUUUUAUAGUCUAGAGCCUUUAAAAAACCCAGUAGAAUGUAAUUCAGUAUUUGUUUAUUGGCUGUUUUUGACAGAUUGUUGAAAUUAAGUGAAUUAAAAGGGAAACUCAGAGUACCAGGACGUUUAUUAAAAGGAAACAAAUGUCUUGCAAUGUGCUGUAAUCACAAGAGGAGAAAAUAACUUGUUUCCUUGAUCUGUCAGAGGUCACAGUAACCUCGGCCGAGCUGUUGUUAUUUAUUAUAUAAUAGUAGUAGGAAGUUAAUAACUGGUUCUCUGUGUUCCAAGCACAAUAUUACAACUUCUUUUGAACCAUAAAUAUCAGAAUGAAUCCUCUUCCCAGGGGAUUGAACAGAAGCUUAAUGUUUACAAGUGUUUGAAUUUGUGAUCUGAAAUAACACAAAAUUAAAAACAUUUCUCCCAUUUUCCAACUUGAGGAAGAGAAACUUGUGGAAAAGUUCUGUUUUUUUUUUUUUUUAAAGAAGGGCAGCCAAGGUAGUAACCUAAAAAUAGUGCCCAGGCAUAUGAGAGUUGUCCUACGAGGGUAAAGAACACACUGUUCCGCUGUGUGGCUUUGGCCCUGAGUGGCCAGGGAGGUCAACUUGACCCUGCCAUGUUGGUUUGACUUACUGAGACACAGGAAUCAUUGUUUUCCUUGACCAGGGUCUCACACCCUGGAGGAAUGUUAAGUAAGAGAAAGAACCUCUUUCCUGAAUAUUGACAUGUAAAAGACCAAAGUAAUUUUUCUGAACUUCUGCAAUUCUGAGAACUCUCCAAGGAAUUUACAGUGAUUUUAGUGCUUGUCAGCAUUUUUCCAUGAGGACUUUCAUACAUUUGACUCUUUAGUUCACACAGGUUCCCAUUGAUUGUGAGCAAAAUAUUUAUCUCUUUAGCCCUUGGGGAUCCAGCUGAGAGCAAUCUCUUGCAUUUUUUUUACCCGUUUAUGUACAGAUAUCAUUUCUUGUGUAUGCCAUGACUUGAAAAGGUUUGGGAAGCUUUUCAGCAAUAUCAGCUAAAAGGAUAUGAAAUCACAGGUGAUAGCAGUUGUCAUUCAGUAAUUUCCUACAAGCAGCACCCCA